CGCCCCGCCCCUCGCCUCCCCCGCCCGCCUGGGCGCCGCCGCCGCAGCCGCCCGAGAGGAGCUGGGGGAGGACGGUGGCCCGCGAGGCUCGUCGCAGACAACGCGGCGGCGAUGUCCGCGAGCCAGGCGAGAGCCGCGGCGGCAGCGGCGGGGCCUCGCGCACGGGAGGGCGACCUGGGCUGCGGCCUCCCUCCGGUUCCUAGGAAGCGGGCCGGCGGCCAGCGCGGGAGCAGCAGCGGCAGAGACGGAGGCUCCGGCGCGUCUCUUUCCUCCCCUUGAGCCUGAGCUGGGGGAGGCCAGGAGGCCCGGGUGGCUGGAGGGGGGUCCGCUGCCCGAGAAUGGGAAUUCUCUUCACCAGGAUAUGGAGACUGUUCAAUCACCAGGAGCACAAAGUUAUCAUUGUUGGGCUGGAUAAUGCAGGAAAAACUACCAUCCUUUACCAGUUUUCUAUGAAUGAAGUUGUACAUACGUCCCCUACAAUAGGAAGUAAUGUAGAAGAGAUAGUAAUUAAUAAUACACGUUUUCUGAUGUGGGAUAUUGGUGGCCAAGAAUCUCUUCGUUCUUCCUGGAACACUUACUAUACUAACACAGAGUUUGUAAUAGUUGUUGUGGACAGUACAGACAGAGAAAGGAUUUCUGUAACUAGAGAAGAACUUUAUAAAAUGUUGGCCCAUGAGGAUCUAAGGAAAGCUGGAUUGCUGAUCUUUGCUAAUAAACAAGAUGUUAAAGAAUGCAUGACUGUAGCAGAAAUCUCCCAGUUUUUGAAACUAACUUCUAUUAAGGAUCACCAGUGGCAUAUCCAGGCAUGCUGUGCUCUUACUGGCGAGGGAUUAUGCCAAGGACUUGAAUGGAUGAUGUCACGACUUAAGAUUAGAUGAUCUCUACUGACCUCUGCUCAUAGACUUUGUAUAAAUGAAGUGCUGGACUUUACCUGAAAGCUGCAAAAAUUAAUGGUUUAGAUAUAUUUAUAAUAAACUGAUUUAAACAUUUAAACUUUUUCUAUAAAAAGAAAAAUUAAGACCACUUAUUUGAAAACAAAGAUGAAGUCUCACCUUCCAAUCUGCUUUUUCGUUAGUUCCUUCCAAAGCAAGGUCUUAAAGCUGUGAUUGACGUUUUUCUCAUAAUGAAUCCUCUCAGGACAUUGUGUAGCCUGUGGUAAGUACAGAGGGAGAGGAAAGACAUUUUUAACUUUAAGAACUUUAUUAUCGGUAUAACCCUCCCUAGUUGAAUGUUUUUCUCGUUCCAUUAAGUCAAAAUACAAAUCAGCACAGAUACUCAGUUUCCAGUAUCUUAAAAUGUAACGUUACUUAUGAAAGGUAUUUUGCAUAAGGUUGUGUAUGUAUUGUGUAUAUACCUCAAGUUCAAGUUAAUGGCUUUGAUCUAUGUUCUUUAAAAAAGCAAAUAACGCAGAAAUUAAUAAUAUCCUUAGUUAUAACCACAGUGAGGUGAGUACUAUACUAGCAUUGGUGGUAAGUGCCAUUUCGUACUUCCCCUGUGUUCUCUGUAUCAUACUAACCAAUCCCAAAAAUCAUUGAGCUGCUCUUUAAAAAAAGAAAGAAAAAGCUUGACAUUAUGUACCUAAUUUUUGGUUGACCAAAUCACAUACAUGGAAACAUAUAUGUAAUCCAGCUGAGUGGGAUAUCUGUCAUAUUCCUGACCUAUUAUUACUAGUGGGCAGAAUUGCACAUUGAAGCAGUUAUCAGAUUGUUUCUUUAUUGGAUCUGUGCCCCCUAAAUUACUGAGUAAAUUGUUAAUCCAUUAAUCAGUCAAUCAUUAAUUGUGAUUAAAGUUAUCAAGUGAUUUUUUUUCAUUAUUGAUUGGAAGCCGUUGUGUGAAAUAUGUCAACCCAGAGAAAUAUCACUCUGUAAAUACUAUCAAAUAACUUAGCCAGAGUCGUCUUGAAUAUUAAAUUAUAUGUCAAGCAUUUGAAGUAAAUUGAGAUGAAAAGUAAAGUAUAUUUUCUAAGCAACAAAAAUACUUUCUUAAUUUGAAAAUUACUUAUUUCUUAUCUUAGGAGUUAGAAUAGUUUGGGGGUUUUUUUGUGUAAGUUUUCUUUUAUUUUCUCAUAUCACAUGAUUGCAUUGUUUGACAAUUACAAGAAAACAUCUUUUCUGAUGCUUUUAAGAAUUUGGUUUAAAUUGAUCCACAUAAUGUAUUAUUUUUACUAAGAAGUAACUUGGCCUUGAAGCCUUUUAUGUCUGCUAGUGGUUUUUGUUUGUUUCUUUCAGCGUCUGAAAGUCUAAAGUAUUUCUGUUGUUAAGUGUAAACAAAAUUAACCUAAAUGUGUUAAACCGUAUUCUUGAGUACUCUGUUGGUGUAUCUUUCAUGCCGAAAAUCUAAUGGCUAAUGCAAAACUGGCAUGUUUUAAACUACUCGGGGGAGGGGGGGAGAGCUACUUUUAAUACCAGCCUUUUAGAUUUCAAAGAUUUUGAUGAGAAAUAAUAGUACACAGUAUCAGCAUUGACAAAACAUUGAAAGUUCCUUUCUAUAAAAUAUAAAAUACUCAUUAAGUCCAAGUCAGGCAUGGGAAAUCAGUGUUUAAAAUUGAAUGUUUUGUGUUUUAUAUUUAUAUUAUAAUGUUCAAAAUGCAAGUCUAACAUUUUAAUAUUUGUCAAGUUGCUUUUACAAAAGUUAAAUCCUAAAUUUCUAAGCUUUCUUUGUUCGUAUGUCCUUGUACUUUUUCAAAUCACUGUAAGCAAUUGCUUGUAUAUUGAAAACCCAGAUCUAUUUUGUAGAUGUUGCGGUGUCAUCAGAGACAAAUAUUCUGUGAAGUAGCUGGGCAGGUCCACACCUUUAUCCUUUUAUCUUUGGAGUAAUCAUGGUUUAGUCUCUUAGAUUGCUGCCCCAUCGGUCCAACAGUGUACCAGCAUAUUCUCUGUCAUCAAGACGCUGGCCAAAUAUUAUUCUUAAUUGAUGUUCAGAGCAUGCAUUACAUUGUUACAGCUGGUUUAGUGAUGACAUGUCAUCAUAAGAAUGCAUGAGAUCUUAUACCACAUUUAUAAAACAUGCUUUUUUUGUUAUAUUCUGUCCUCUCAGUCAAGCAUUAGAAAUGAUGGUACCUUGAUACUUGUGCAUAAAACCAGAAUUACGUCAAAAGAAUUUUAAUUCAUGUAUGAAAAUGCAUCAUACAUCAGAAUCAUUUGAACAGUAUUACUUCCGAAUAAAAUGGAAAGCCUAAUGAAUAGUCAUAUUGGUGAUUUAUAUGUACUCUAAGUGGAAUUAAGCAAAGGGCAAUGCUUUUUGUUUUUUAAUAUACUCCUUUUGGGUGUAAACAAGCAUCUUCUUUAGGGUCAUUAUGCUCAGCUUUGAAAAGAACAAAUCUUCAUACUUCUGUACAUGUGACUGGAUUUAAAUAUCCUGUGUUUGAUACUAAUUUUGAAAGUCAUGCGACUUCUGAUAUCUUGGUAAAAGUAACCAUAUUGCUUAUACGCAUUUAAAUAUGUUUAAUUUUGUCAUAGAGUAUUUAGAAAGCAUAUCUUACACAUUCUAAUGAGGAUUCUUGUUUGAAAUUUUUGGUCCUAUCUUUGGCUCUCAUGAUGGGCAAAGAAUACAAUGAAGGCAGGUGGUUUGGGAGGCAGAGGGAAGUGGGUAGGGAAUAUAACAUUUUGCCUUAAUUAAAAAGUGCUUCAGCACUGCUUUCUGGCAUUUUUAAUGCAGGUAGUUAAAGUGAUUUUAGAAGCAUGGCAUGGAAUAGAGGAAAGGUUUCUGUUUUCUGGUCUCCGAGAAGUGCCUAGUAGGUAGCAACAGUGAGAUGACAGAAAUGUGCAGGGCUCUGAGGAAAGGCAGGAAGUCCCUGAGGUGUUCUUUUCUUUUUCGUCUGAGUGUAUAGUGUUAAGAUGCCUAGAAAAGGGACUCUGCUGUCCCUUCUUAGGGCCACUUUACAUUUCUUGCUGUGACUACAGCAACCACAUACAGUACAGACAACCUCAAAAUUUGUUUUUAUUAGUGUAAAUAGAAAAACCGUAUACAGCUUUCUAGCUUUCUUUGCAGGCAUUUUUUGGGACUGUAUCUGUAGUGUGUUCUACUUUGUGUAUGGUGGUAGCAGCACAUCCCAGAUUAUCUGUCAACUUUGGGAUCAUCUUCUCAAUUGCCCACUUGUAUCCUGGAGUCAGUCCAUCCUUUACGGCUGAAUAGAGGCAAGGUUUCUUUGUGUGAUUGAACUUUGAAACCUCCCACUGUCCAAAUGUAAUCGGGAACUACUUUCCCAUAGCUCAGCCAUGCCUUGCUCUCCUGUAUCGUCAUUCCCCAUUUGCCAAGAUAUGUUACCUUUGUCCUGGAAUUAUGCUAAACUUUACUUACAUCUGUUGUUCCCCAAACUACUAGUUUCUAAGUACAUUCUCUGGUUCUUUGCUGUGCUCCACUAGCUUGAUUCAUUGAUUUGCACUUUGCUCACUGGAGAGCAGUGUCAGAGUUGGUGAGUACAUCAUAAUACUGGGUUGCUGUGUGCACAGCACAUAAAUACCAGAAGUAGGGCCCUUUAAAUUAUAUUGUAUUUAACAUUUUAAUACUUAUUUUAGCUUUACAUGUUGAAAAGUAGAUUCAGAAAGUUAAGAGAACUACCUAGACUCUGCCAGCUCCUUGAGCUAAUAAUUAGAUGUGAAAGGGAUCAAGUUAUAUGUGUAUUAUCUUCCCAUUACCAAAAAUGGGUUACACUUUGAAGAAUAUCAGUACAAAUAAUUUGAGUUGGAAAAAGACACCAAAGUCAUAUGUAGUGUUUAACCUCAAGACAUCCCCCAUCCUUAAGGCCAUAGAGCGCAUUCCGUUUUUUCUCUCAUGUUUACUUAAUGAACAAAGAUAAAUGUUAGCUAUCUAAAGGAAUUAGUAAUGAGAAGCCUAUCUUACAAAAUAAACCUAUUGAAAUAGACCUUUAUAAGACAUCAAAAUUAUCAGUCGUUAUGUAUUGAUAUUGUAGAUAGAAAAUAUUUUUUAAUAAAAAGUUCCACUUUUACAAAAAUUAAACUGUAUCAUGCUCUGUCAAAGAAUGUAUGCUAAUUUUAAGACCAGAAUGGUAGAGUAAAGGAAAGAAAGACAGAUUUUUAAAAGUUUUGGAUGCUAAAAACUGACUGUUUCUAUUAAACCCUAAAUUGUGUGUGGAAAUAUGGAGAAAUUGUAACAAGAUGCAGUUGGGUUAAUUAUGCAAUAUUUCUUAUCAGUUGCUUAGCCCUUGUGUAUUCUAAAAGCUAAAGUUUAAAUCUUUAUGGUCUUGCCUGCUAGAUAUUCUGUUCUUUGGUAGAAAAUUCCCAUAGUCUGUACUCAACAAGUGCCUAAAAUUGAUUUGUGUUGAUUUUUAAGUCCAUCUAAUAAAUUAUAUGUAUUUUCUUUGGUAUUAUAUGUGCUUGGCUUACUGAUGAUACAGCCUAGAGGGUUUUUAAAUCAGUUUUUGCUUUGUUUUACUAAAAGGCCUUGAAACUGAAAAUACACAUCAUAACCCUGAAUAAACUGUAGCUUAAGGAAGCAAAGCAAAACCAUGUUUUCUCUUUCCUAAUACAAAUAUUCCAUGACCCUUGGUGUUACGUAAUGAAGAGAUUAGAAAACAAAACUCUAUUUUUGUUCUUUAAAAGAAUUUCAAAGUACAGAAAACUAUAUAUUGUGUGUCUUACCUUAGUAAAAGUUUGUUGCUUGUGUUAAGUACCCUUAAUUCUCCUCAUACUCAGUUGGUUAGUCAUUUUGAAUCGAUCAUUUAGAUCUUAAGCCACUUCAUGUGUGUGUACACCAAAAUCCUUCCCCUUUAGAUUCUCCUUAUAAAAAAUUUUGAUAGAGCUCUGUUAUAUUUCUCAUACAUUCAUUCUCCCUCCCUCUUUUUCUUGACUCUCUUUCUUGACUAAACUCUGGGGGCAAAGACUUGACUGUAUUUUCCGUGAUUCACAGUUAUAUUUUGUUUAUAUUUUAAACCAUCUUGCAUGGAAAGUGAAAUGUAUAUAUUCUUUUAAUUAUUGUAAUUGAUACUUUUCCUUUCCAAAAUUCCUUACAUUGGUGAUAUAAAGAGUUCCUCUAAUAAUUUCUGUUUUAAACUAGUACUUUAAAUUAGAGUAGGCUUUUCUACAUUAUACCCUUCCAUGGUUCCUUAAGAGGAGGUGAUACCUGCAGAGCACUUUUAAAGAUAUUUUAUGGGUUAAUAUUCAAGAUAACACAUUGAAGAAGAAACUAUGUCUAAUGAGGACUCUUGGUUGCUAGAGAUGAGAAAAAUGUAUACUGAUUUUAAUUUGUGCUUAAAGUAUACUUUACUAACUUGAUUUUUAAAUAUGACAAAUUCUUCUUGUAGAUAUUAAUCUUCCUUGCUUAUUGUAUUUUCCUAGAGAAACCUAGAUGAAAAUGUAUUCCAACUAGUCUCUGUAUAUUGACAUAUGUGCUCUAUGUAUAUUGACAUGAUUAAAGCUGCAUUUAACACAACAAAUUAGAAACCUUUUGAAAAGUUUUAGGUUUGUUGUAUUGGAAUUUCUAAUAUGAUACAAGGUUUUCACUCAAGUUUUGUAUGCAAGAAAAGGCAGAAAAUUUUUUUACCUCUAUAUCACCUUAUUAGCUUGUGUUUCUCUGUAUCCAAGAAAAAUUUUACACUCAAGGAAUAUUCUAAUAUGUGAUCAUCUUAGAGCACUUGGGUGCAUUUGUAUUUCAUCAGUGCUGAUAUGUUAGGUACCCAGGGAAAUAAUGCUUCAGGGCCUUCUUGAUAAGACAACUUCAUGAAUGGCUGGGGAUAUUUAUGUUUGUGCUCAGAAUGGGAUGGAGUGGCUAAUGGUGUAGGGAUGUCUCCAUUGGCAAAGCAGUGCAAUCAGCUGCUUUGCCAGGUGUGUUACUUCAUUAUACUUGUAACGUCAUUCUUGUGUCCAUAACUUACUGAAAUGUUAAGCUGCAGAAAUGUAAGGCAUUGGGUUCAGGUAACCAGUGAUGGGACCUUGUUUAUAAUGAAAUAAAAGAAUAAUGUUAAGGUAUUUUGGGGGGAAAUGACAAAUAUGAUUUUACUGGUGAAUUAACGUGUUUAAUAUGUAUAUUAACUUUUUUUUCCCCAAAGUUGCAUGUUACCCUGGUAUAAAGUAUUGUCUCUGCUUUAUGCUUUGAGUAAAAAGGAAAAAAAGUCGAGUUAAAUUGUUACCCUAUUAUGUACUAUUACGUAUACCUUUUCUUUUAGAAAAGGUUAAUUAUAAUUGCUGUUCACAUAA